UGUGGCGCUUCAGUAUCGUUCCGAUCGAGGUCCCGAUCAUAUCGAUGAACGAAUACACCGGUUAUACUUUGCAAACACAACGAGGCUGUGGUAGCUGUGAUCGAAUGAAUAUCAAGUAAUUUUCAUUUAAAGUUUAAACUUACUCAUAUGCGGUUGCCGUAAUGGCGAACGAAGUGAAGACCGGUACAAUAUUUGAACUGGAUUUUGAAUCCGAACUGCGUCUCGAUAAAAACAAAACCUUAAUAGUUGUAUUGAAACAAGGAACAGCCGAAGUGUUUGGUGCGGAAUUGACGAUAGGGCUGAAGUACGAGUUUACGCGCGGAGGCGCCGUGUUUACCUGGAAAGGCUGCACUCUCGAGGUAUUUGGACAAUCGAACGAAUCUUACGUUUUCAAAGCGACUGAACCAAUGCUCAUGUACUUGAAUUGUCAUAUGAUGCUGGAAGAGAUGCGACGAGUUGCAGAAAACAAUGAAAAAAGAGGACCUAUUCUGAUGGUUGCUGGACCCUCUAAUUCCGGAAGAUCUACUCUGUGCAGAAUUUUGCUGAAUUACGCAGUGAGAUUAGGCAGAAAACCAGUGUUUGUCAAUUUGGAUGUUGGACAGGGACACAUUGGAAUACCUGGAACUAUCGGAGCCUUGCUAGUCGGAAGGCCAUCCAACGUCAUACAUGGCUUCAGCCAAGAAGCACCUUUGGUAUUCCACUUUGGAUACUUAGCCCCUGAUUCAAACUGGGAUCUGUACAACCAACUGGUCUCGAGUUUAUCCGAAGCUUGCAUCAAACGGUUGGAAGCAAACAGAAAAAUCAACAAGGCUUCCGGCAUCAUCAUCAACACAUGUGGAUCAAUCGAAGAUGAAGGUUACGAAAGUGUAUUGCGCGCUGCACGGGCUUUCGAAGUCGACGCAAUCCUAGCACUGGAUGAUAGACUCUUCAGUAAACUGUCCAGAGACUUGCCUAAAGUUUCGAAAAUUUUACGUCUACGCAAGAGUGGAGGCGUCGUCGUGAGAACUCCGGCACAAAGGACCAAAGAAGUCGAGGAGUCGGUGACGGAAUAUUUCUACGGCGCGAGAACGUCUUGGAUCUCAAGAGACGAGUUUUACAAGUUGAGAACGCUACCACUCUACCCGCACAGCUUCGAAGUGAAAUGGAGCGAACUUAAAAUUUACAAAUUCGUAUGCAUCGACAGUCCACCCUUGUCGUGCCUGCCUUAUGGAACGACGAUCAAAAAAAAAUCGAUGAUUCUGGGUUCGAUCAAUCCGGGACCUGACAUAUUACACCACAUAUUCUCGGUAUCGUUCGUCGAUUCUCCGGAAGACGAUAUCAUGCAGGCAAACGUCGCCGGAUUCGUUUGCGUGACGAGCGUCGAUGUGGAGCAUCAGACGAUCACGAUCCUGAGUCCACAACCUGGGCUGCUGCCGAACAUCGUUUUACUUCAGAGCGAAAUUAUAUUUGUGGACACGGUGCAUGGGUAUUGACGAUCGAUCUACUGCGUGUAGCAUGAACAUUUUACGAUUGACUAUUGAUUUUUUUAUAUGAAUAGUAAUAAAACCGAUUUUUAUGCAAA